GCUAAAAACUGGUAGCGGAAGAUAAACAGAAACCUUGUUCAACAUGGCAGAGACUCACAGCUUGCAGGACAUGAGGCAACAGGCAGCCAUCGCUGCCAAAGUCUUCCUUCAGAGAGACUAUACGAAUGGCACUGUGUGCCAAUUCCAAACCAAGUUCCCCUCUGAGCUGGAGACCAGGAUUGACAAGCAGCAGUUUGAGGAGACAGUGCGGACGCUCAAUAACCUGUAUGCUGAAGCUGAGAAGCUGGGAAGCCAGUCAUAUAUUGAAGGUUGUCUGGCCUGCCUCACAGCAUAUACCAUCUUCCUGUGUAUGGAGACUCACUAUGAAAAGGUUUUGAAGAAGAUUGCAAAGUACAUUCAGGAGCAGAAUGACAAGAUCUAUGCACCACGAGGCCUCCUGCUCACCGACCCCAUCGAGAGAGGCCUGCGAGUUAUUGAGGUCACCAUCUUUGAAGACAGAAGUCUGACUAGAUAAAAGCUGCCACGCUGUUUAGCUGAGCGUAGCCGCCCAGCACCAGUGCCCAGCUCCCUGAGGACCACCCAGACCUGCACCCUUAAUACUGCGUCUCUACAAUCUGUCCCUUUCCACUAAUCGUCGUGUGCAUGUCCCAUUCAGAGUAUCCUUUGUGACCGAGUUUGAGAUUUCGUACCCGACAGUUAUUCAUGUAUUAUUUUAUUUUUAUUUGUGAUAUCUCUGUCUGCGUUUAAUAGUUUUGAGUUGAAGUCUGUUAUAAACCUGUAUUAAGUUUGAGAAAAGCAAAGGAUGUCAUGCAAAACCUGGACUAACUGACUUACAGAAUUUAUUGACAUUCAAGUUUUUGAGUAUUUCUGGAAGUGUGAACUUUUCUAUAUUUCUUUCUUUUUUGGACAUUCCUUUUUGAAUAAUGAAGCCAAAAUACAGGGUAACUUAUUUUUAUGAAGGUUUAUACAACUCACCACACCCAUGCUUUAAGUGAUUGUGUUGGCUGAACCACAGAAACAAGGAACUCUAGUUAUCAGUGUGGUUUUCUGCAUGUGCCGCUAUUCACAGUUUCUGUACUUUUAUUCUUAUUCAUGUAUUCCUGCAAGGGUGCUUGUUUUAGUGUAUGACCUUUUCUGCAUGUUUCCUUUUGUAGGGUUUGAUUUUAUAUUUACUACUGUGACUGCUUAACUUUGUCGGGAUCCAAACAUUCCAGUCAAACGGUCACAGAUUCAAAUAUUCAUGUACAUCUUUCCUAUUUAUGCAUUGAUUUAAGAGAUUCUUCUUUUGCUUCUUGAAAAGCCAAAACUUGUGCUUGCUCUGUAUUUAGCAUGUACUAUUGUUAAUGCAACUCCUCAUGUCAUGGUUAUUUUUUUAUUUGUAAACUGUGCUAUGCAUGGUGUUUGGUGACUACUGUUGAUUUUUGACUCAUGUCUAAUAAGCAUAUAAUUCAUAUAUUAGUGAGGUUGCCUUUGACCGAAGUAUUUAAAGUGCUCUUGUUAGUUGACAGUGCCUGUAAUGGCUUUGAAUGGUGCCUUUGUGUAAGUCUAAAGGUCCCGGUCACACCAGGAUUUAACACAGCAAAGUUUUUCAGCAGUUUUUCCAGGCGAAUUGACACGAUUAGUGGAUUCACUCGUGGGGGCAAAAAGUCUAUCAGCACAAAUAUGCAUCAUAUUCAACAUUGGUGAACUUUUUCCUGCCAAUAUGCUCUGUUGACCAAUAGCAAACAGUCUUGACAGUGACGGGCUUUGAAGGGAUAGAGAUCUGGAUCGAGAAGAUCCAAAAUUGAGGAAGCAAUCAUAGCUUAUUUACCUCUGUUGUACCAUUCACUUUAACUUAACCCUCCUCUGGAGAGUAUGAACUGCUCCACAGAAGGGGAAUGGUUUGCAGACAGUUAUGAGACAGGAGUACAAAUACAUCUUUUGGAUAAACUGACAACGGACCCUUCUGUCGGAUUGGCUAAAACCAACAACGCAUACCUGUUUAUUUGCACAUAAAGCGGGGAAGUGAGAUCCAGUCACAAGUGCUCACUCGAGACGCAUGUGAAGAUGCAUUUUAAAGCCAGCAUGUUUAAAGCUGACCACUUAUGAUUGGAUCACUGAAGACCCAUUUUAAUGCUAGGUCUGAACAGGGCCAUAGUGUCCUGUUAGCGGCCGAGCUAAGCUAGCAAGCAAACAGCAGACGAUAAGCUUAGGUCGUUGUGCUUUAUUUGUCAUUUUGAGUAAAAGAAAAGUGUGCACAGAAUGUCAGGGGGUAGGAAACAGAACAGUGCAGAGAAAAUGAAGAAAAGUGGCAGUUAGCUCAGCAGCUAGCCCUGCGAGUACGGUCACUAUGUCUCAAAACUUCUAGAGCUAAUAUUUCACAAAGCCAUACCAAGUAUUUUCACUGUGUCAUUUUCUGGUGUGAUCAUGUCUAAACAGUGAGAUUAUGUCAGUCAGCUCUGGAUUUUUGACAAGCAACUAAAUUCCAUGUUUCAUGAUUCUUAACUGUCUGUUAUUUAGGCAGGAGUUUAUGUUGCUCGGUUUAUGUUAGUGAAACCUUAGCAAAGGUUGAAUACGCUGUACACAUGGCUGGACAUGUUCAGAUGCUCAGAAGCUAAAGGAUGAACACUUAUCUUGAAUUAUGAUUUUUGUAAAUAAAGUUUCAUUAAUAAUUUUGAUUUAGCUCAUACUUUAUUUAUCUAGUUCUGUUAAUCGAACUUUUCUAGGUUCUUUUUUCAUUUGAAAUUGAAAUGUUUUAUUAAUCCAGAAGUUGUAUCCUCAUAAAUAAA